AUGAAGAGAAGAUUCACAGUACAAGAAGCUCUAGAUCACAUCCUUGCUGAAAAUGAUGCAGAGGACACACCUAGUGACACAGAUGAGCCAGUUUCUGAGGAGGACGAUGCUAUUGAAUAUGAAUCAGAGUACACAGACUCGUCGGAUGAGGAGGGCACAGGAUGGAGCAGCAACACCUUCUCCACCCUCAUCAGACCCAUGAAAGUCUGGGACUCUGCAGCUCCGUCAGCCGAGGACGCAGACAACUCAAGUAGCAGCAGUUUGGAGGUGAAAGAGAAUCAGGAAGAGAAAACCCUGGAGGAGCAGGACUUUUUAAAGAAACAUCACCUACCAACCUUUUGCACUUUUUCUAAACACAAACAAAGAACAUUAAAAAGACCGCAGCUGUUGGUGGAUGGACGUGACCUGCAGUUCUUCCAGAACCACCUGACCUGUAAAAGAUCCGCCCGGGCAGCUCAGAAGAGCGCGGUGGUGCAGCUGAACGAGCUGCGACCAGGUCUGAGGUAUGAGACGGUGUCAAAGACCGGUCCCCUGCACGCCCCCGUGUUCUCCGUGUCUGUGGAGGUUAACGGUUUUCACUUCGAGGGUCGAGGACCUACGAAGAAACAAGCAAAGCUGAGGGCUGCGGAGCUGGCCCUUCAGUCGUUCAUCCAGUUCCCAAACCCCUCCCAGACUCACGGCACCGUGGAGAGGUUCACCAGAACCACUGUGGACUUUACAGCAGAUAAACUGGACCUGCCCGAUGCUGGGCCUGAAGCAUCCUUUCUUGGAAACUACAACAUCCUUCGCUGUGACGCAACAAGGAACGAGGUGCUAACCAGCAUCUCCAACCACAAGCGGACGAUUCAUGUGACUCUGGAUUUAGACUCCUCCACUAAUCCAAGCAGACCAGCCAGCACCUCGCUCCUGGAGCACCUGAGUCCAGUAGAACUGCUCAAUGAGCUGCGGCCGGGGCUCAGAUACAUGUGUCAGGUUGAAAAGGUUCACGGCAGACCCACGAAGAACUUUAUAAUGGCGAUCAGGCUGGAGGGCAGAGUGUUCGAAGGUUGUGGUCGCAGUAAAAGACGAGCCCAAGUUCAGGCAGCAGCAGCAGCCCUGCACUCUGUGUACCGCAUCAGUCUGGGACCAGAGAGGAACCUGACGGGCCUCCAGGGAAGCUGCACCAACAAUCAGCUACCUCAGCUUCUAGUGGUCCUCUGGACCGACAGGACCACUGUGAGCUCCAACAGAGUCAUCUUUGGCUUGCUUCAUGUUUCUUGGAUCAUUGCCCACCUUCCUGAUCUAAACCCAGCAGCGGGCGAGGAACAAUCCAUCUUUGUACCAAAUAAAAGCAGCGCUGGUAGUUUCAGGCUGCGAGAUGGUGUCGUCCUCCACAUGUACGUCAGCUCCUCGCCGUGUGGAGACGCCAGACUCAACUGCCCCUACGAGACCACAGCUGCACAUCCCAGCAGGAGGUUUUGCUGUCACCUCAGGGUGAAGGUGAAUGGGGGUGAGGGAACACUGCCCGUCAGAGCCCAUCAGAAACUGGACGGUGCUGCACCAUAUAAACCUGCCACCAGCAUGUCCUGCACUGAUAAAAUAGCAAAGUGGAGCGUCGCGGGCCUCCAGGGGGCUCUGCUGUCUCACCUGGUGGAGCCGAUUUACCUGAGCAGCCUGACGGUGGGAACACUGAGCCACACGGGUCACCUGGGCAGAGUCAUGGCGUGUCGCCUGGCGCCCGUUAAACACCUGACCCUCCCCUACCGACGACAGCCGCUGCUGCUUGGCUGUCUGAGCAGCAGGGAGGCUCAUCCUGCAGGGAAGACAUCCAACGUAAGCGUGAACUGGAGCUGCAGUGAUGGAGGCCUGGAGGAGGUCAGCACCACCACAGGAAGGAGGAGGGACUCGGGGACUCCAUCACGGCUCUGUAGACGCUCCCUGUUCACCUGCUGGCUGAGGCUGCAGGAGCAGUUAAAUGGACCUGUUUUAGGCCCUGAAGGCACCACAGAGAUGUAUUAUUGUUCCAAGAUGGCCGCUGGACAUUACCAGAGGGCGGUGCAACAGUUCAGCAGCUCUCUGCAGGGUGGAGGUCCGGGAACAUGGAUCAGAAAACCACCCGAGUCCAGCCACUUCAGUGUCGGCGUGUGAAAAACUGAGCGCCAAAGACUGAACAUUUCAUUU